UCUAUUAGAGGGGGACCGUAUGUGGACAUGUUAGUCGGCCGACUCAUAGAAUCCUGUCUUCGUGAGAGAGUAUUCAAUCGGAUGGACGGAUUCAAUCGGAGAUGUGAGAUGUGAGGGAGUGUGCGUGUAUUCAAGCUAAAAACUGUUUGUUGAGAGCUUUUGCCAUUUCAUUUCAUAGGCUCCUGUAAAAUCUGCCAAAAUUAGGACAUUCUUCUCUAUCAGAGGGACCAUGCAUUUACGGUUUGGCUCAUGUCAACUUCCCUGAAAAGAGAGAUAUACAGAGAUCUGUGUGGCAGUUACAAGCUUGAGAAGUUAGGGGAUUUUGGUUGUAGGCUGCCGGAAUUUGGAGAAAUCAGGGCACUUCCCUUUCAGAUUGCCGGAAUAACCAGUGGUUUAAGAGGGUUGGUAAAGAUGACUGAAUCCAUGAUCAGGAAGAAGCCGGGCAUGGUUAGUGUUAAGGAGAUGCCAGUUUUGCAGGAUGGCCCUCCACCUGGUGGGUUUGCUCCCGUUCGUUAUGCUCGAAGGAUUCCAUCGAAAGGGCCAAGUGCUGUUGCCAUUUUUCUCACUGCUCUUGGUGCCUUCUGUUAUGGAAUGUAUGAGGUUGGACAGGGUAACAAGGUUCGAAGGGCAAUUAAAGAAGAAAAAUAUGCUGCUCGUAGAGCAAUACUUCCGGUGCUGCAAGCUGAAGAAGAUGAGAGGUUUGUGAAGGAAUGGAAGAAGGUAUUGGAAGAGGAGGCCAGAAUUAUGAAGAAUGUCCCCGGUUGGAAAGUUGGCGAGAGUGUCUACAACUCUGGGAAGUGGAUGCCUCCUGCCACUGGUGAGCUUCGACCCGAUGUGUGGUAGGGUUUUCAAGCCCUUUCUUUGGGGCUUUGGGCAACUGCUGAUGGCAGUGGGUUUCAAACCAAAUGAUCAAUUGCUUCUUGAUAAGGGCUACUACUAAAAAAAUUUCGUCCCCCUUUUUUCUCUUUUUUUUUAACGUGAAACACUAUUCUUUUUUCCUUUAUAACAUAUUUUACUAAAACGGAGAUGGACCAGGCCAUUCCGUUCCAUCAUGGAUGCAUUUUAAACUUCUUUGUUGGUUGUUAUUGCUCUCACCCUCUCAUAGUAUGGUUGCAUGAUGGAGUUUUUGGGUUAUAUAUAAUUUGAGUAGUUCAAUAACAGGAA